AAAUAGACCGUCUGACACGUGUACUACAAGAAAGGGAAAGGGAACUUCAGGAGGAGAGAAGAGAAAAGGAACAAGUUAGAAACAGACUACAGCAACAACUUCAAGAAAGAGAACAACAAUUUCAAGAAGCACAGCAACAAGGACAAGAAAGAGAGAGGGAAAUUCAAUAAGCAAGGGAAAGAGAGAAGCGGGCCAGGGAGCAACAGCAGAAUCUUCAGCAACAGCUGCAAGAAAGAGAGAAGGAAAUUCAACAGGGUGGGGAAAGAGAACAGGGUCUUCAACAACAGCUUCAACAAGCUCAACAGCACCUUCAGGAAAGCCAGCAACAAGGACAAGAAAGAGAGAGGCAAGUUCAGGAUCUUCAACAACAGCUUCAAGAAAGAGAACAGCAGCUUGAGGAAAGAGAGAGAGAGUUCCAAGAAAGAGAGAGACAACUUGAAGAGCAGAUACAAGUGGCAGAGUCUUCCUGGGUAGUGAAUAGAAGAGAGAUUACCAUGACAGAGGUAGUCCUUGGUAAAGGAGGAUGGGGAGAGGUCAAAGUAGCUGGUUUUCGUGGUCUUAAGGUUGCUGCAAAGUGUCUCUACGAAAUUAUCAUCUCUCCUCAUAACAUUACGAAAUUCUCUCGUGAAAUGAAUAUUGCUUCUAAGCUACGUCAUCCUAACCUCCUUCAGUUCAUAGGAGCCACUACAGAGGGUAAUCCAAUCAUCCUGACAGAGCUAAUGCCCACCAGCCUAAGAAAAGAAUUAGAGACUGGAGGACUGGCCUAUCAUGCUGUACUAAACAUCAGUUUAGAUGUAGCCUGUGCUCUCAAUUACCUUCAUCUCUUCAAGCCUCAUCCUAUACUACAUAGAGAUGUCAGCAGUGCUAAUGUACUCCUUCAAACAACAGGAGGAGUGCAUGGAGGUUUGAGGGCUAAAGUAUCCGACUAUGGUACUGUUAGUCUUCAACCUCUUGCUAGAACAUGCAAUCCUGGUAAUCCUGUCUAUUCAGCACCUGAAGCAGCCAAUCCAAGGCAGCACUCUCCU